CCCAUUUCCCAAAACCCUCCCACUGCCGUCGAGAAGAAGCGUCCACCACAACGAACCUAGGGUUUCCCUCUCCCCCGCUCCCAUGACGGUCGCCGUCGCGGGCGGCGCAGCCAAGGCCUCGCCGCCGCCGGUUCCGGCGCUGGGGCGCCCCGACUGGGCCGCGGCCAAGGCGCUGACCUACCUAUGCUUUGCCAGCAUGUGGGUCGGCGGCGCGGGCGUGGCCACCGCGGCCUUCAUCGACCUGGCCUCGUCAGGCGGCGCCUCCGACAUGGGCUUCCCGGUGCUCAGCGCGCUGCUCAAGCUCUCCAGCGAUGCCGUCCACUUCGGCGCGCUCCUCGCCCUCGUCGUCGUCCUGCUGCUACUGCGCGCCGCCUUCCGAUUGGUCGUCACGGAUCUCGGAGGCGACAUGGGGAUGGGGAUCGACAAGAUACCUCGAGAGUCAAUGGGGAGCAUGCUGGGUGACACUGCUGUGAUUGGAUGGCUCGCGUCUCUACCUUUCCUCCUGCUCAGCUUCGUUGGUUGUUUGGUGCUGACCGUGCUGUCGCCGACCAAGGGAUCUCUGACGACUAGGAUCAGUACAGCCGUCAUUGACGUGGGGAUACUGGGUUCCAUGGUGCUUUCUUGCUUUGUCACCAUACCCAGUCUGGCACUUAAGCUGUGGAGGAUUUCGCCGGGCGUUGAAAGCCAUGCACCUGCUGACAGCAUCGUCUGAGACAAUGACGGUAAGGAGAAAUGGCAUCGAGGAAUGCUUAAGUGGCUGUGACACAUGAGCCUGAAAGUUCUCAAAGUUUGCGGUUAUACUGAAAUAAUUAGAGUAGACAUGUUACUGGGGCUACAAGAUUCUGAUUCCCUAUACAUAUGAACUACACUACCAAGUUGUGUGUCAAAGAUGAUACCCAAUGCUUGCCUUUGCACUUUAUCUUGCAAAUUUUGAUGGUGUGCUGUAUAUAUAUUGCAAGAAUUCGUAUCCAGACACAGAUUGUGAAUGUGUGGAAUAUUGUCGCUGUGUUGGUUUUAUCCUAUCCGAACAGAAGUGGUCCUAAAUACAUUUAUUCCUUGAUGAA